CGCCUUCUCUUUUUCAUUGCAACUCCUCCUUUUUCGCCGGUCCCGUUCGCUUGCCUGGUUACCGCCUCUCGUUUGUUCAGGGUUACGCAUUCUACAACUAAAAUUCUUCUGUCCUAUUCGAUUUAUUCAGUCUCAUGCCUCUGUCCACUUCGCCUAUAACCGCGCCUCUAUCGACUCGCAUCAAGAUGGAGGACCGUAAGCGUCCUGCUUUGAGCAGUGCUGAUGACAUCGCCCCUCCCAGCAAGCGACAGGCAGUUAACGGCAGUAGUAAAUCUAAAGACGACGCUGACGCGAAAGAUGAAGCCUGGAUUGAGGUAAGUCUCGCGGUCGCGAGUUAUUCCUCUUUGAAACAAUACCGCCUACCGAAACACGGCUUCCAACGUCUUACCGUCGCUGUUAUCAGGGCGAUUUCACCCUAGCACGAGACCUUCGUAGCCUUUGUUUCAAAUCGUCAUCAGGAUAUUCUACUCACCAUUUUAGUACUGAUGCGCGGCUCUGCUGUCAUCAGCAUUUAAUCCUCCCACCAUCACAUAAUAUCCUCCCGUACUUUAA